AUGGUGGAUUGGGAAGCCGUGUUUCCCGGCAUGGUGCUGAACCGGGCGACCCGUACCGCCAUCGCGCGGAUGGGCAUAUCCGAUCCCACUCCCAUACAGAAGCAGUCGAUACCUCAUCUGCUGGAAGGUCAAGAUCUGAUUGGGCAAGCACGCACCGGAUCCGGCAAGACGCUGGCCUUUGCGGUUCCAUUGGUGGAACAGUGCGAAUCCACGAUGCGGCGGGUACAGGCGUUGGUCCUGGUGCCGACGCGCGAGCUGGCGAUCCAGGUUGGCGGCGUCACGGAGGAGCUGGCCAGAUCACAGGGCUUGCACGUGACGUUGUUGUACGGCGGGCGAUCGCUUGGUCAGGAUCACAAGGCAUUGCAGCGGGGAGCGCAGAUCGUAAUCGGCACGCCGGGUCGGACGCUGGACCAUGUUCGUCAAGGCAGUCUGAAGUUGAACUCGGUGCGCUUCCUGGUGCUCGACGAGGCUGACGAGAUGCUGGAUCGGGGAUUCGCCCACGACGUCGACGCGAUCUUGAGCCAGACGCCCCGGCAACGUCAGACGACGCUAUUCUCGGCGACCGUGCCGGACUGGGUGGCGCAGACCGCCAGAAAGCACCUCCACGAUCCGGUCAUGGUGGAAGUGGACGCCGAUUUCCAGGGUCUGCCAACCGUGGAACAUCUGGUUUACAGCAUACAGAAGACGGACAAGAUGGACGCGUUGCGCACGCUGCUGGACCGCCGGGACGGCGCGCCGAUUUUGGUGUUUGGCAAGACCAAGCACGGCGUCAAGAGGCUGGCCGGGCAGUUGGACGCGUUGGGCUAUCCGGUGGGGGCGCUCCAGGGGAAUCUCAGCCAGCCAGCUCGCGAGCGCGUGAUGAAGGACUUCCGCUCCGGAGCGGCGCCAAUCCUGAUUGCCACCAACGUGGCGGCGCGGGGCCUGGACGUUGAGGGCAUCGGGCAGGUGAUCAAUUACGACCUUCCGGACUCGGAGCAACUGUUCACGCACCGAGUGGGUCGCACCGGCCGCAUGGGUCGCGCCGGCGAGGCAAUAACGUUCAUUACGCCGGACGAAGACCGUAAGUGGCGCGAGAUUGAGCGGGGCCUGGGUCACCAGUUCACGCGCAAAUCAUGGACCAGGGAACAGCGCACGGCAGAGCGUCGGGAGAAGGCUCAAGAGGAGUUCGGACUUGAGGAGAGCGCGGUGCGGGUUCGUCCGCGCCGGUAG